GCCUCGCUCAUCGCGCACGUAAACAUUAAAUGAAUUGACACACUGUAAUUCCCUGGAACCAUCAACAAUCACCCAGAAAAUCACCCAAAAAUCUCGGAAAACCCGAUAAUAAGAUGUGACUGCAGAUCGACAGCCCAAAAACUCAGACUCCAACGAACCCAGGAAGCCUCUCACCAGGAUGUCAAAAUUUCCUCCCAAAAAAUCGAAAAAAUAAAUCCCCCGAUCUGAAGCUCCCUUCAUUACCCGAUAAUGUCAUCACCCGAAAGAACAAAUCCAUCAUCUGAACAAAUACCAAAUAGCCCGACCGACGUCAAGCCAAUCGACAUUGCCGCCGAGGCGGGCGAUUCAAAAUCCUCGGACGACGAUGUCCUGGAGAUACUGGAGGACCUGGAGACGUACGCGGAGAACAUGAAAGAUGAUUUUCUCGGAGAUUCAGCAGCGCAGAACACCUCGCGUAAGGCGAAACGACCUGGUGUUUGUGGCUUUAUGGACUUGAUGCUGGAGGGCCCAUGGAAAAGUAAUGAAGAAAUCAAGGAAGAAUGCAAGGUGCCAAAAAGAAAAAGAGGCAAGAGGAUGCGCAAGUGUCCGAUAUGCUCGAAAAACAAGCGCAGAGGGUGCAAGUGUCCCAAGCCUGUCCAAGCUACCACCCCCAAGCCUGCCCAAAGUGCCACCCCCAAGCGUAAGCGCAGACAUUAUGAGUUCCCUCCAAUGUACCGUACCCCUGUGAUAACGCCCAUUGUCGUCCCCUUUCCCAUUGUUCUGCCGAUUCAUCCCUCAAGGACUGGGCCCUUCUUUUACCACGCGUAGGUGUGAGCGAAUGAGCCAAUACUUUUUGUAACUGAAGGUUCAAAUGGGGGCUAACACGGGGAAAAGUCAAACGGGGAACGGUCGAACGGAAGAGGCAAAACGUAUGAGUAUAUUUAAAGAUAAUUUCGUGUUUUUUCCUCGCAAAUCAGUGUUUGAUGUGAACAUUUUGACGUGGAUCCGUCUGCGGUUUCAGGGGGGGGGGGGGCAUUUUGGGAAACGGUCCUUAUGUACAUCGCCAUCUAUCGGAAUUCUAGAAGAUUCUAGGCAUUGCGAGAUAAUUUGAGGGGUUUCUAGAAAUUUCGAAAAAUUCAGUAGUGAAGUCAAACGGUACAAGGCAAUUUUGACUGUUGACCAGUU